CCAACUGCAAACUCCACCAUCUGCAGGUGGAAAUAAAGAUUCCUCCCCAAGAAAACUACAGCUCCCAGAAUGCAAAGAGGAAGCAGGAAAGGAAGAGCUGCCCCUAAGCCUGCUGGGAAAUGGAGUUUUGUUGGGCUGCAAAACAGAACUCGCUUUCCCAGAAUCCAUUUCGGUGGAGGAAAGGAGGAAGGAAACAGGAAGGUCAGAAGAAGAAGCACAAAGAAGGGGGAAGGCCUUGCUGAUGAUCUCCGCCGGCCUCUUGUUCCUCGGCCGGACCCUCUUCCGCCCCACUUGCUUCUCGGCCCGAUCCUUCUCGUCUCCGCCGGGACCCAUGGAGGGGAAGCCGGUGGCGUCGGGGAUUCGUUCCAAGCUCCAGCGCGCCCUGGACCCGGUCCACUUGGAGGUGGCCAACGACAGCCACAUGCACGCCGUGCCGCGGGGCUCGGAGACCCACUUCCGGGUGAUCGUGGCCAGCCGGCGCUUCGAGGGCCUCUCGCUCAUCCACCGGCACCGGCUGGUCAACGAGAUCCUCCAGGAAGAGCUCUCCGGCCCGGUCCACGCCCUCUCCAUCCAGGCCAAGACCCCCGAGCAGUGGGAGAAGAACCCCCAAGGCAUCGAGGCCCCCAAGUGUUUGGGGGGCUCCAAGCACGACCCCCAAAUGGGCACCAAGGCCUCGUAGGCCACGGCCGGGAACCAGCCCCCCAACCCAUCCGUCUUCCCAGUGCCUUCGGUUCACUCGUUUCCAAAUAAAUGGAUUUGCACGA